CUUCCUCUGCUUGUGCUUCUCUGCUUGUGCUUCCUCUGCUUGCGCUUCUCUGCUUGUGCUUCCUCUGCUUGUGCUUCCUCUGCUUGCGCUUCCUGCUUGUGCUUCCUCUGCUUGCGCUUCCUCUGCUUGCGCUUCCUCUGCUGUGCUUCCUCUGCUUGUGCUUCCUCUACUUGUGCUUCCUCUGCUUGCGUUCCUCUGCUUAAGCUUCCUCUGCUUGCGCUUCCUCUGCUUGCGCUCCUCUGGUUGUGCUUCCUCUGCUUGUGCUUCCUCUGCUUGCGCUUCCUCUGCUUGUGCUUCCUCUGCUUUCGCUUCCUCUGCUUGUGCUUCCUCUGCUUGCGCUUCCUCUGCUUGCGCUCCUCUGCUUGUGCUUCUCUGCUUGUGCUUCUCUGCUUGUGCUUCCUCUGCUUGCGCUUCCUCUGCUUGGCUUCCUCUGCUUGCGCUACCGCUUCUUGUUCACCUCUGCUUGCGCUUCCUCUGCUUGCGCUUCCUCUUCUUGCGCUUCCUCUGCUUGCGCUUCCUCUGCUUGUGCUUCCUCGCUUGCUCUUCCUUUGCUUGCGCUUCCUCUGCUUGCGCUCCUCUGCUUGCGCUUCCUCUUCUUGCGCUUCCUCUGCUUGCGCUUCCUCUGCUUGUGCUUCCUCUGCUUGCCUUCCUUUGCUUGUGCUUCCUCUGCUUGCGCUCCUCUGCUUGCGCUUCCUCUGCUUGUCCUCUGCUUGCGCUUCCUCUGCUUGCGCUUCCUCUGCUUGUGCUUCCUCUCCUUGCGCUUCCUCUGCUUGUGCUUCCUCUGCUUGUGCUUCCUCUGCUUGCGCUCCUCUGCUUGUGCUUCCUCUGCUUGUGCUUCCUGCUUGUGCUUCCUCUGCUUGUGCUUCCUCUGCUUGUGCUUCCUCUACUUGCGCUUCCUCUGCUUGCGCUUCCCUUCUUGCGCUUCCUCUGCUUACGCUUCUUCUGCUUGUGCUUCCUCUGCUUGCUCUUCCUCUGCUUACGCUUCCUCUGCCUGCGCUCCUCUGCUUGUGCUUCCUCUGCUUGUGCUUCCUCUGCUUGCGCUUCCUCUGCUUGUGCUUCCUCUACUUGCGCUUCCUCUGCUUGUGCUUUCUCUGCUUGGGCUUCCUCUGCUUGCGCUUCUCUGCUUCUGCUUCCUCUACUUGUGCUUCCUGCUUGUGCUUCCUCUGCUUGCGCUUCCUCUGCUUACGCUUUCUCUGCUUGCGCUCCUCUGCUUGCGCUUCCUCUGCUUGCGCUUCCUCUUCUUGCGCUUCCUCUGCUUACGCUUCCUCUGCUUGUGCUUCCUCUGCUUGUGCUUCCUCUGCUUGCGCUUCCUCUGCUUGCGCUCCUCUGCUUGCGCUUCCUCUGCUUGUGCUUCCUCUGCUUGCGCUUCCUCUGCUUGUGCUUCCUCUCCUGCGCUUCCUCUGCUUGUGCUUCCUCUGCUUGCGCUUCCUAUGCUUGCGCCCUCUGCUUGUGCUUCUUCUGCCUUUGCUUCCUCUGCUUGUGCUUCCUCUGCUUGCGCUUCCUCUGCUUGUGCUUCCUCUACUUGCGCUUCCUCUGCUUGCGCUUCCUCUACUUGCGCUUCCUUGCUUGUGCUUGCUUCUCUGCUUGGGCUUCCUCUGCUUGCGCUUCUCUGCUUCUGCUUCCUCUGCUUGUGCUUCCUGCUUCUUCCUCUACUUGUGCUUCCUGCUUGUGCUUCCUCUGCUUGCGCUUCCUCUGCUUGCGCUUCCUCUGCUUGCGCUUCCUCUGCUUGCUCUUCCUUUGCUUACGCUUCCUCUGCUUGCGCUUCCUCUGCUUGUGCUUCCUCUACUUGCGCUUCCUCUGCUUGCGCUUCCUCUGCUUGCGCUUCCUCUUCUUGCGCUUCCUCUGUGUACGCUUCCUCUGCUGUGCUUCCUCUGCUUGCUUCUUCCUUUUGUACGCUUCCUCUGCUUGCGCUCCUCUGCUUGUGCUUCCUCUGCUUGUGCUUCCUGCUUGCGCUUCCUCUGCUUGUGCUUCUCUGCUUGUGCUUCCUCUGCUUGUGCUUCCUCUGCUUGCGCUUCCUCUGCUUGCGCUCCUCUGCUUGUGCUUCCUCUGCUUGCGCUUCCUCUGCUUGCGCUCCUCUGCUUGUGCUUCCUCUGCUUGCGCUUUCUCUGCUUGUGCUUCCUCUGCUUGCGCUUCCUCUGCUUGUGCUUCCUCUGCUUGCGCUUCCUCUGCUUGCGCUUCCUCUGCUUGCGCUCCUCUGCUUGCGCUUCCUCUGCUUGCGCUUCCUCUGCUUGCGCUUUCUCUGCUUGGGCUCCUCUGCUUGUGCUUCCUCUGCUUGUGCUUCCUCUGCUUGCGCUUCCUCUGCUUGUGCUUCCUCUGCUUGUGCUUCCUCUACUUGCGCUUCCUCUGCUUGUGCUUCCUCUGCUUGCGCUUCCUCUGCUUGCGCUUCUUCUGCUUUGGUUCCUCUGCUUGUGCUUCCUCUGCUUGUGCUUCCUCUACUUGCGCUUCCUCUGCUUGCGCUUCCUCUGCUUGUGCUUCUCUGCUUGUGCUUCCUCUGCUUGUGCUUCCUGCUUGCGCUUCCUCUGCUUGUGCUUCCUCUGCUUGCGCUUCCUCUGCUUGUGCUUCCUCUGCUUGCGCUUCCUCUGCUUGCGCUUCCUCUGCUUGUGCUUCCUCUGCUUGUGCUUCCUUUGCUUGUGCUUCUCUGCUUGCGCUUCCUCUGCUUGUGCUUCCUCUCCUUGCGCUUCCUCUGCUUGUGCUUCCUCUGCUUGCGCUUCCUCUACUUGCGCUUCCUCUGCUUGUGCUUCCUCUGCUUGCGCUUCCUGCUUUCGCUUCCUUGCCUGCUUCCUCUGCUUGUGCUUCCUCUGCUUGUGCUUCCUCUGCUUGUGCUUCCUCUGCUUGUGCUUCCUCUACUUGCGCUUCCUCUGCUUGUGCUUCCUCUGCUUGUGCUUCCUCUGCUUGCGCUCCUCUGCUUGUGCUUCCUCUUCUUGCAUUCCUCUGCUUGCACUUCCUCUGCUUGCUCUUCCUCUAUUUGCGCUUCCUCUGCUUGCGUCCUCUACUUGCGCUCUCUCUGCUUGUGCUUCCUCUGCUUGCGCUUCCUCUGCUUGUGCUUCCUCUGCUUGCGCUCUUGCUUGUGCUUCCUCUUCUUGCGCUUCCUCUGCUUGCACUUCCUCUGCUUGCGCUUUUCUGCUGUGCUUCCUCUGCUUGUGCUUCCUCUGCUUGUGCUUCCUCUGCUUGCGCUCCUCUGCUUGUGCUUCCUCUGCUUGUGCUUCCUCUGCUUGCGCUUCCUCUGCUUGUGCUUCCUCUGCUUGUGCUUCCUCUGCUUGUGCUUCCUCUGCUUGCGCUUCCUCUGCUUGCGCUCCUCUGCUUGUGCUUCCUCUGCUUGCGCUUCCUCUGCUUGCGCUUCCUCUGCUUGUGCUUCCUCUGCUUGCGCUUUCUGCUUGUGCUUCCUCUGCUUGCGCUUCCUCUGCUUGUGCUUCCUCUGCUUGCGCUUCCUCUGCUUGCGCUUCCUCUGCUUGUGCUUCCUCUGCUUGCGCUUCCUCUGCUUGCGCUUCCUCUGCUUGCGCUUUCUCUGCUUGUGCUCCUCUGCUUGUGCUUCCUCUGCUUGUGCUUCCUCUGCCUCCGCUUCCUCUGCUUGUGCUUCCUCUGCUUGCUUGCUUCCUCACUUCCGCUUCCUCUGCUUGUGCUUCCUCUGCUUGCGCUUCCUCUGCUUGCGCUUCUCUGCUUCUGGUUCCUCUGCUUGUGCUUCCUCUGCUUGUGCUUCCUCUGCUUGCGCUUCCUCUGCUUGCGCUUCCUCUGCUUGUGCUUCCUCUGCUUGUGCUUCCUCUGCUUGCGCUUCCUCUGCUUGUGCUUCCUCUGCUUGCGCUUCCUCUGCUUGUGCUUCCUCUGCUUGCGCUUCCUCUGCUUGCGCUCCUCUGCUUGUGCUUCCUCUGCUUGUGCUUCCUCUGCUUGUGCUUCCUCUGCUUGCUCUUCCUCUGCUUGCGCUCCUCUGCUUGCGCUUCCUCUGCUUGUGCUUCCUCUGCUUGCGCUUCCUCUGCUUGUGCUUCCUCUCCUUGCGCUUCCUCUACUUGUGCUUCCUCUGCUUGCGCUCCUCUGCUUACGCUUCCUCUGCUUGUGCUUCCUCUGCUUGCUCUUCCUUUGCUUACGCUUCCUCUGCCUGCGCUCCUCUGCUUGUGCUUCCUUUGCUUGUGCUUCCUCUGCUUGUGCUUCCUGUGCUUGUGCUUCCUCUACUUGCGCUCCUCUGCUUGUGCUUCCUCUGCUUGUGCUUCUCUGCUUGCGCUUCCUCUGCUUGUGCUUCCUCUGCUUGCGCUUCCUCUGCUUGCGCUUCCUCUGCUUGCUCUUCCUCUAUUUGCGCUUCCUCUGCUUGCGCUUCCUCUACUUGCGCUCCUCUGCUUGUGCUUCCUCUGCUUGCGCUUCCUCUGCUUGUGCUUCCUCUGCUUGCGCUUCCUCUGCUUGUGCUUCCUCUUCUUGCGCUUCCUCUGCUUGCGCUUCCUCUGCUUGCGCUUUUUUCUGCUUGUGCUUCCUCUGCUUAUGCUUCCUCUGCUUGUGCUUCCUCUGCUUGCGCUUCCUCUACUUGUGCUUCCUCUGCUUGCGCUUCCUCUGCUUGCGCUUCCUCUGCUUGCGCUUCCUCUGCUUGCGCUUCUCUGCUUCUUCUUCCUUGCUUGCGCUUCCUCUGCUUGCGCUUCCUCUGCUUGUGCUCCUCUGCUUGCGCUUCCUCUGCUUGCGCUCCUCUGCUUGCGCUUCCUCUGCUUGCGCUUCCUCUGCUUGCGCUUCCUUUGCUUGUGCUUCCUCUGCUUGUGCUUCCUCUGCUUGUGCUUCCUCUGCUUGCGCUUCCUCUGCUUGCGCUUCCUCUGCUUGUGCUCCUCUGCUUGUGCUUCCUCUGCUUGUGCUUCCUCUGCUUGCGCUUCCUCUUCUUGUGCUUCCUCUGCUUGCGCUUCCUCUGCUUGCGCUCCUCUGCUUGUGCUUUCUCUGCUUGUGCUUCCUGCUUGUGCUUCCUCCUGCUUGCGCUUCCUCUGCUUACGCUUCCUCUGCUUGCACUUCCUCUGCUUGCGCUUCCUCUGCUUGCGCUUCCUCUUCUUGCGCUUCCUCUGCUUACGCUUCCUCUGCUUGUGCUUCCUCUGCUUGCUCUUCCUUUGCUUACGCUUCUUCUGCUUGCGCUUCCUCUGCUUGUGCUUCCUCUGCUUGCGCUUCCUCUGCUUGUGCUUCCUCUCCUUGCGCUUCCUCUGCUUGUGCUUCCUCUGCUUGUGCUUCCUCUGCUUGCGCUCCUCUGCUUGUGCUUCCUCUGCUUGUGCUUCCUGCUUGUGCUUCCUCUGCUUGCGCUUCCUCUGCUUGUGCUUCCUCUACUUGCGCUUCCUCUGCUUGCGCUUCCUCUUCUUGCGCUUCCACUGCUUACGCUUCUUCUGCUUGUGCUUCCUCUGCUUGCUCUUCCUUUGCUUACGCUUCCUCUGCCUGCGCUCCUCUGCUUGUGCUUCCUCUGCUUGUGCUUCCUCUGCUUGCGCUUCCUCUGCUUGUGCUUUCUCUGCUUGGGCUUCCUCUGCUUGCGCUUCUCUGCUUCUGCUUCCUCUACUUGUGCUUCCUGCUUGUGCUUCCUCUGCUUGCGCUUCCUCUGCUUACGCUUUCUCUGCUUGCGCUUCCUCUGCUUGCGCUUCCUCUGCUUGCGCUUCCUCUGCUUGCGCUUCCUCUGCUUACGCUUCCUCUGCUUGUGCUUCCUCUGCUUGCUCUUCCUUGCUUACGCUUCCUCUGCUUGCGCUCCUUGCUUGCGCUUCCUCUGCUUGUGCUUCCUCUGCUUGCGCUUCCUCUGCUUGUGCUUCCUCUCCUUGCGCUUCCUCUGCUUGUGCUUCCUCUGCUUGCGCUUCCUAUGCUUGCGCUCCUCUGCUUGUGCUUCUGCUUGUGCUUCCUCUGCUUGCGCUUCCUCUGCUUGUGCUUCCUCUACUUGCGCUUCCACUGCUUGCGCUUCCUCUACUUGCGCUUCCUCUGCUUGUGCUUCUCUGCUUGGGCUUCCUCUGCUUGCGCUUCUCUGCUUCUGCUUCCUCACUUGUGCUUCUGCUUGUGCUUCCUCUGCUUGCGCUUCCUCUGCUUACGCUUUCUCUGCUUGCGCUUCCUCUGCUUGCGCUUCCUCUGCUUGUGCUUCCUCUGCUUGGGCUUCCUCUGCUUGCGCUUCUCUGCUUCUGCUUCCUCUACUUUGCUUCCUGCUUGUGCUUCCUCUGCUUGCGCUUCCUCUGCUUGCGCUUCCUCUGCUUGCGCUUCCUCUGCUUGCUCUUCCUUUGCUUACGCUUCCUCUGCCUGUGCUUCCUCUGCUUGUGCUUCCUCUACUUGCGCUUCCUCUGCUUGCGCUUCCUCUGCUUGCGCUUCCUCUGCUUGCGCUUUUUCUGCUUGUGCUUCCUCUGCUUAUGCUUCCUCUGCUUGUGCUUCCUCUGCUUGCGCUUCCUCUGCUUGUGCUUCCUCUGCUUACGCUUCCUCUGCUUGCGCUUCCUCUGCUUGCGCUUCCUCUGCUUGCGCUUCCUCUCUUGUUCUUCCUCUGCUUGCGCUUCCUUGCUUGCGCUUCCUCUGCUUGUGCUCCUCUGCUUGCGCUUCCUCUGCUUGCGCUCCUCUGCUUGCGCUUCCUCUGCUUGCGCUUCCUCUACUUGCGCUUCUUGCUUGUGCUUCCUCUGCUUGUGCUUCCUCUGCUUGCGCUUCCUCUGCUUGCGCUUCCUCUACUUGUGCUUCCUCUGCUUGUGCUUCCUCUGCUUGUGCUUCCUCUGCUUGCGCUUCCUCUGCUUGUGCUUCCUCUGCUCCCGCUUCCUCUGCUUGCGCUCCUCUGCUUCUGCUUCUCUGCUUGUGCUUCUGCUUGUGCUUCCUCUGCUUGCGCUUCCUCUGCUUGCGCUUCCUCUGCUUGCGCUUCCUCUGCUUGCGCUUCCUCUGCUUGCGCUUCCUCUUCUUGCGCUUCCUCUGCUUACGCUUCCUCUGCUUGUGCUUCCCUGCUUGUCUUCCUGCUUGCGCUUCCUCUGCUUGCGCUCCUCUGCUUGCGCUUCCUCUGCUUGUGCUUCCUCUGCUUGCGCUUCCUCUGCUUGUGCUUCCUCUCUUGCGCUUCCUCUGCUUGUGCUUCCUCUGCUUGUGCUUCCUCUGCUUGCGCUCCUCUGCUUGUGCUUCCUCUGCUUGUGCUUCUGCUUGUGCUUCCUCUGCUUGCGCUUCCUCUGCUUGUGCUUCCUCUACUUGCGCUUCCUCUGCUUGCGCUUCCUCUGCUUGCGCUUCCUCUGCUUGCGCUUCCUCUGCUUGUGCUUCCUCUGCUUGCUCUUCCUUUGCUUACGCUUCCUCUGCUUGCGCUCCUCUGCUUGUGCUUCCUCUGCUUGUGCUUCCUCUGCUUGCGCUUCCUCUGCUUGUGCUUCCUCUGCUUGCAUUCCUCUGCUUGUGCUUCUCUGCUUGCUUUCUCUGCUUGCGCUUCUCUCUUCUGCUUCCUCUGCUUGUGCUUCUCUGCUUGUGCUUCCUUUGCUUGCGCUUCCUCUGCUUACGCUUUCUCUGCUUGCGCUUCCUCUGCUUGCGCUUCCUCUGCUUGCGCUUCCUCUGCUUGCGCUCCUCUGCUUGCGCUUCCUCUGCUUGUGCUUCCUCUGCUUGCUCUUCCUUUGCUUGCGCUUCCUCUGCUUGCGCUCCUUUGCUUGCGCUUCCUCUGCUUGUGCUUCCUCUGCUUGCGCUUCCUCUGCUUGUGCUUCCUCUCCUUGCGCUUCCUCUGCUUGUGCUUCCUCUGCUUGCGCUUCCUCUGCUUGCGCUCCUCUGCUUGUGCUUCUUCUGCUCUGCUUCCUGCUUGUGCUUCCUCUGCUUGCGCUUCCUCUGCUUGUGCUUCCUCUGCUUGCGCUUCCUCUGCUUGCGCUUCCUCUGCUUGCGCUUCCUUUGCUUGUGCUUUCUCUGCUUGCUUCCUCUGCUUGCGCUUCUCUGCUUCUGCUUCCUCUGCUUGUGCUUCCUGCUUGUGCUUCCUCUGCUUGCGCUUCCUCUGCUUACGCUUCCUCUGCUUGCGCUUCCUCUGCUUGCGCUUCCUCUGCUUGGGCUUCCUCUGCUUGCGCUUCUCUGCUUCUGCUUCCUCUACUUGUGCUUCCUGCUUGUGCUUCCUCUGCUUGCGCUUCCUCUGCUUGCGCUUCCUCUGCUUGCGCUUCCUCUGCUUGCUCUUCCUUUGCUUGUGCUUCCUCUGCUUGCGCUUCCUCUGCUUGUGCUUCCUCUACUUGCGCUUCCUCUGCUUGCGCUUCCUCUGCUUGUGCUUCCUCUGCUUGCGCUCCUCUGCUGGGCUUCCUCUACUUGCGCUUCCUCUGCUUGCGCUCCUCUGCUUGCGCUUCCUCUACUUGUGCUUCCUCUGCUUGUGCUUCCUGCUUGCGCUUCCUCUGCUUGCGCUUCCUCUUUCAAUCCUCUUUCUUCUUCUACUUUUGACUUCCUCUGCUUGCGCUUCUCUGCUUGCGCUUCCUCUGCUUGUGCUUCCUCUUUUGCGCUUCCUCUGCUUGUGCUUCCUCUGCUUGCGCUUCCUCUGCUUGCGCUUCCUCUCUUGCGCUUCUUCUGCUUGCGCUUCCUCUGCUUGCGCUUCCUCUGCUUGUGCUUCUUCUGCUUGUGCUUCCUGCUUGUGCUUCUUGCUUGCGCUUCCUCUGCUUGUGCUUCCUCUACUUGCGCUUCCUCUGCUUGUGCUUCCUCUGCUUGUGCUUCUUCUGCUUGCGCUUCCUCUGCUUGUGCUUCCUCUGCUUGUGCUUCUUCUGCUUGCGCUUCCUCUGCUUGUGCUUCCUCUGCUUGUGCUUCCUCUGCUUGCGCUUCCUCUGCUUGUGCUUCCUCUGCUUGCGCUUCCUCUGCUUGUGCUUCCUCUGCUUGUGCUUCCUCUGCUUGCGCUUCCUCUGCUUGCGCUCCUCUGCUUGUGCUUCUUCUGCCUCUGCUUCUGCUUGUGCUUCCUCUGCUUGCGCUUCCUCUGCUUGCGCUUCCUCUGCUUGCGCUUCCUUGCUACGCUUCCUCUGCCUGCGCUUCCUCUGCUUGUGCUUCCUCUGCUUGCGCUUCCUCUGCUUGCGCUUCCUCUGCUUGCGCUUCCUCUGCUUGCGCUUUUCCUGCUUGUGCUUCCUCUGCUUGUGCUUCCUCUGCUUGUGCUUCCUCUGCUUGCGCUUCCUCUGCUUGUGCUUCCUCUGCUUACGCUCCUCUGCUUGCGCUUCCUCUGCUUGCUGCUUCCUCUGCUUGCGCUUCCUCUGCUUGUGCUUCCUCUGCUUGCGCUUCCUCUGCUUGCGCUUCCUCUGCUUGUGCUCCUCUGCUUGCGCUUCCUAUGCUUGCGCUCCUCUGCUUGCGCUUCCUCUGCUUUGCUUUCUCUACUUGCGCUUCCUCUGCUUGUGCUUCCUUGCUUGUGCUUCCUCUGCUUGUGCUUCCUCUGCUUGCGCUUCCUCUGCUUGCGCUUCCUCUGCUUGUGCUCCUCUGCUUGUGCUUCCUCUGCUUGUGCUUCCUCUGCUUGCGCUUCCUCUUGUGCUUCCUCUGCUUGCGCUUCCUCUGCUUGCGCUCUCUGCUUCUGCUUCUCUGCUUGUGCUUCCUGCUUGUGCUUCCUCGCUUGCGCUUCCUCUGCUUGCGCUUCCUCUGCUUGCGCUUCCUCUGCUUGCGUCCUUGCUUGCGCUUCCUCUUCUUGCGCUUCCUCUGCUUGCGCUUCCUCUGCUUGUGCUUCCCUGCUUGCUCUCCUUGCUUACGCUUCCUCUGCUUGCGCUCCUCUGCUUGCGCUUCCUCUGCUUGUGCUUCCUCUGCUUGCGCUUCCUCUGCUUUGCUUCCUCUCUGCGCUUCCUCUGCUU